UUGUAUCCGGUAAAAUGUUUGUUUGUAUAUUUUUUAUAUGGGUGUUAAUUUUAUCUCAGUCCGAAGCUGUCUCAUUGGACGAGGAUUAUGAAGAUUUUGAUCCAGACUACAAUGAUUUCAACGGCACGUCAUUUGGUCUAAAGUUGUCAACAGAUCUAGCUUAUCACUUUUAUUGCACGCGACAUCCUACCAAGAGUAUUAAAGUAGAAAUUGGUACAAUUAGCCGGCUAAAAAACACAAACUUUUCUGCAGAAAAGGAAACGCUAUUUAUUGUGCAUGGUUGGAAAUGUAACAAUGUAUCACAAAUAAACCGAGAAAUUACCGCAGCUAUUCUAAAGAACCACGACAUUAACGUUAUUGUUGUAGAUUGGAGUAAAAUGGCCGGAAAAAAUUACAUUUCUGCUAAGAGAGCCGUUACUAGAGUUGGAUUAUAUGUUGCUGGCUUCAUUACAGAACUAAAGGCGAACUUUGGAUUAAGACUUGAAAAAGUAAAAUUUGUAGGUCACUCCUUAGGUGCACACAUAUGUGGGAAUGCAGGUGCUGCAUUGGGUGGAAAGGUUGACAGAAUUGUCGGACUUGAUCCAGCAGGUCCUCUAUUUACUGUUAAAAAUACUGCCAAUCGUCUGGACCGAACUGAUGCAAAGUUUGUUCAGGUCAUUCAUACCAAUGGGGGAACUUUGGGAUUUGGAGAAGCUAUAGGACACGCUGACUAUUUUCCAAAUGGAGGCGAAUCUCAACCAGGUUGUGGUUGGGAUUUGGUAGGAACUUGUUCUCAUUCCAGAGCCUACGCUUAUUAUUCAGAAAGCUUGCAGCAUAACUUUCUUGCAAGAAGAUGUACUGAUAUCAAACAAUAUAAGAAAGGAAAUUGCAAAAAAAUUGACGUUAACGAUUUUUCAGUAAUGGGAAGAUUUACAGUAGAUUACAAUGCAAGAGGAAGUUAUUACCUACUUACCAACAGCAAACCACCAUAUGCUAGGGGAUAAACUUUCGUAUUGUUGACUCCAAAAUGUCAG